GUAAAGCCUGGAGUGUGGAAGAAGACUUGUGAGAGCAAUGAUAUUAUUGAUACAGCAACGGCCUCGUCUUCAUCCUCCAGGCGCUAGGCCGGGAGAAUUCAUCGAAAGAUUACAUUCGAAAAUAAAAUUAUGCCCCGUUCCCCAGCUUUGGAGGUUCAGCUUCGAUUCUAAAGCUUCGUUGAAGUGUUUCUGCAACAAGAAUGAAACUACCCAUGAAGCCUCUCAGGGCUUCUCUGCUCUGCCACGGUAUGCCACUUGGGAUAAUGGUACCGCAUGGAGCACACUGGCGCUCUACAUUUUCAGUCUGCACAUUCCUUUGAGCUUUGGAAGCUUGUCUUUCGUUUCCCAACUAAUGCAUGAACCUGUUCUUGACCCCCAGACUAAGGCACUAUCCAGACUUGCAAUUCAAACUAUAGAGUUCAUUGUGACUCUUUUUAUACUUAAGGUCACUGCUAAGCCAAACUAUAGAUUCAGAAACUUCUUUGGAGAUAACAAGUUGGGCAGUGAGAGGAAUUGGCUUUUGGCAUCGGCUAUUGGAGUCGGGUUCCUUUUCACCUUAGUCUUCCUUACAUCACUUCUUGUAGAAAGAGCGAUCGGACCGAAGGCUGUAAACAAUCCUGUGCUGAAGGAGAUCCUUGACAGCAGCAACAUCUCAAGAGCAGCAUGCUUCAUAGCAUAUUGUGUUGUGACUCCCUUAUUGGAAGAGACAUUAUACAGAGGCUUUCUAUUAGCAUCAAUCUCAUCUGAGAUGCAAUGGCAGCAAGCAGUUAUCGUCAGCUCGGCAGUCUUCAGCGCAGCUCACUUAUCGGUCGAAAAUUCUUUACAACUAUUCAUCAUUGGGUGUGUCCUCGGAUGCUCAUACUGUUGGACUGGAAAUUUAAGGUCUUCAAUUCUCAUACAUUCUUUGUACAAUGCAAUGACCCUUCUUUUAACUUAUUUAUCCUAAUGAUUGAUUUCACA